CCGUCGUAUAUAAAAUAUCAUUGAUUUCAAAGUGGAGAGUUUUGACGAGAGAGAAAGUGGUAGGAGGGGAGGAGGAGUAAAAUGUCGUUGGAGUGACGUUUUCACGUUAAAACUGUGAGUUUGAUUGAAGUUCAUAAGGAAGUAGCCCCUUUUGAAGUUGAACGAAUUCAGUUAUCGCUGAUAACUUAUCAGCAGUCCAUAGUCCGUCACCUUACGCUGGGAGGAAAAAUAUAACCUUGUGUUUAAUUGCGAAAGAUAAGUUGUUAAUCAUCUUAUCCGACAAGAUGAAUCAUAAUGCCACGACCACUCCACGAAAAAAACGAAAGCGCACCACACCCACCAACGUGACCCCUCAACCAAAGAAAUCGACUCCGACCGGAGACCCCUCCCUGGUCGAAAUCGUCAACUUGGGCGAUAGCGAAGAUGAUGAGAAACAACCGGCCGUUAAGAGAGUUGCGGCGCCACCAAAACCAAAACAAUGUGGGAGACCUUCGCUCCCAUCGACAUCGUUAUCGGCUGCAUUACAAGCGUCGGCAUCGCAUUCACUCGUGCCAUUGACAUCAUCAAGUCUACCACCACCACAACCGUCGACAUCGUCGUCCGCCAUUAUCCAACCUCCUGUCACCAACGCCGUGAAUGAGCACAAAUUUCUUGUCCCAACCCUCAUGCCUGUCGUAGCGAAAUGCGCCCGUAAGAGGUCUGCGCUAUCUCGCGCGGGCCGUAUCAAAGUCGUCACCAAAACGCCCGAGCAAGUCAAACAGACCGCAAACUGUCGGAAAAUGCGAAUCGCUGUGAUCGGUGUUAUCAAAGAUGUUCAUAUCGAAAUCGAACGGCGUGGAGGGCCAAAAAUUGAUAGCGUUCACGCCUUGCUGUCAAAUUUAUGGGCGUGUUGGCGAAAAUACCCCUUGAUGUUCGUGUCGAGUUAUAAAAUUCCGAAAAUGGGCAACAACGAUGAAGACCUCAGCGCGGAGAGUGAGAUUAAAGAUUUCCUUCCUUGGUGGCUCCACGGACUCGCAUGUCUUGUCCUUUAUCCCGAAUUAGCCGCAGUCUCAGCCGACGUCGUCGCCCUUUUGCAAGCUCUGGGACAAUUGUUGACCUACGGGAAUCCCAACUUAGUCGAGACAUGUUUUACCGAAUUGAUCACCAUCAUUCACUCUCUCAUCGAGGCAUUACUGUCACAAGCUCGGGACGAUAAUUUAAAGGCAAUGUCUGGGAUCACUUUGAAGUACGAGUGUGACGAAAAUCCAAAGGAUGAAGCCACCGGCAUGACCGCAAAUAAUGAAAUUCCGGCCGUUGCACCAGAAACGAGGGUGAUCAAGGAAAUCGUCCUUAAGUACACAAUCAGAAUGGAUAACAACAACGACAAUUCCGACGCCAUCGAACAUCUACUAGAUAUCUUAGGCAUAUUUCUUCCCCGUCUUUUCUACUUAAAUGCAACCCCUCCACACAAACUGGUAUCGAUGUGGGGAAAGUUAUGGGGGUGGUUAAGUCACCGGAGGAAGUUGAAGAUGUUGCAAAAUUUUUUGAUUCCAGAACUCACUUGCCUUCCACGAAUGUCUACCGCGACCGAGCUAUCUUUGUCGCAUCUCCUCACCAACGUCAUCACGGACGGAAUUGGACUCCAAGAUCACCACACUUUCGACCACUUUGUCUCCUUCUGCGAAACCGUGUCUCGAUGGAGCGCAUAUUGGAACUUGUUCCCCCAGUCGGUCCUCUUACGAGUUCACUCUGUCGUGACGGAUAUAAUAUCCAGCGAUCGAUUCGACGCCUUGCCAUCUGAUAACAGUCGUUCAUGUCUGAUUAAAUUAUACGAUGGUCUUACGUCGGAACACUUGAGAUAUGACACGGGGACAAUGCUGAGCGUCCGAGAUGCCCAAGAGUUCCAAACGGUGGCCAAGACUUUGACAUCAAUUAAGACUCUCCACCCCAUCCUGAUCAAUUCUGUGUUUCAAGAAGUCAAAGACAAAUUUGACCACCUCACCGGUCGUGACGAUGAAGACAAUAAGUGGGAAUUACAAAUAAGAGAUCCAGACGUUAAUUUUUUCACAAAUAUUCCCCUUGGACCGGAGUCCUCUCCAAUUUGGACCUCAAUGUCUGCCAACUUUACCGAUCUCGUGUCCGUAAAUCCUGAGAAGAUGAGUAACUACGCGCACCAUGUGCGCCCUGCCAUGCGCCAAACUUGCCUCCUUAUCCAACUCGCGGCUGACGUCCACAGCAAACUCAUAACAUAUGUGAAGGAGUGCAACGUCGAAAUGAAGACUGCGUUUCGUCCAAUGUUCACCUUCCUCACUACGGAGAUGAUGGCCAAGUGGGGACAAUUUGGGAGUAGUUGUAUCGUCCAGUUGCUUAGUGGCAACGUGCCACGGAUAAUGGAAGCGGAAGAAUGUCUCAACAUGAUAUUAGACACAAUCAAAAAAUUCGACGAAGCAGAAUUUCUAGAAGUCCGGCUCUCCCUUGAGGUAAAAUGCCUCCUCGCCACCAUUACCGGCACCCCCUGGCUGGACAAGUUCAAAGGCAGGCUACCCAAACGAUUUGUUCCUGCUCUCUUUCUGAACGGGAUUAGUUCAUCGACAGAUGCGAUAGGUCGUUUCCAACCCACCACCGUAGGAAAAUGCCUCUCUGUCCUCUGCUCGCGAGUAUUCCUACCCUUCAGAGAUUUCGUCCUGGACACCCUCAUCGAUGAAAUGGAGGCCGUCAGCAGCGUCACCGUCACGAAUGAGAUCCUCACACUGAUCUCCAAAGAAAACUGGGCUAUCCGAUACCUCGAUUGGAAUUUCACUGUUACCUUUAUCCACCUCGCCGAAUCCAAAUUCGAUUGGAAGCAACUUCCCAAUUUUCGAAACAUUCUCGCGUCCGCCAUCCUGAAGCUGUCAUGCACUCUCUCCAACCAAACGAUGCGGUCCGAUAACACAGCAAAUCUCAACAACCUUACUCCGGAACGAAUGCGGAAGCGAACAAUGUCCCUGCUCCUCUCCCCUUGUCCGUGGUGUUCUGCCCCUUUCAGAGAAUACAAGGGUAACAAGAUCGUUAAGACGGGUAGGAGGGUGUUGGAAGCAGGCAAGAUGGUCGAUGACGACUGGACCAUUAAUCUCAUCCCUAUGCCGGAUGAUGAUUUAGUGACCGUGAUCAAGUUGGCGUUACCUUUAUUGAAGUCGAGCUUUGAAGUGACAAAACUGACCCUUUGCUCGUUAAUCACGAUCGCUCGCCACCACACUACAGGCUACUUGUCCUCCCUGAUUGCCGAAUUUACCUCGAUCGCAGCCAACAGCAAUGUCAACAUUGGAUCCGAAAUCAUGACCAACUUCGGAUUCUACUUUGCUCAGAACGGGGCACAGGACAGUUUUUCGUCGCAACAUAAUUAUGCCGAGACGGAGAGGACUCUCGGCUACGGUCUGAUGAUCCACAUGCUCAUGUACCACCUUCAACUUAGUUUCGAAAAAAGGUGCUCUGUCAGUUUUGCGGGAAAAAUUUUGACGAUUUUACAAAAGGUUGCCGCGUUCGUCGACCGUCCUAUGAUUUUAGAAACGUUGCGCUUCUGUCUCCGCUUGACGAUGCAUCGUGACAGCAACGUCCGCAACCUUCUCGCUCAAGCUGUGUGCACCGAAUUAGCGAACCGAUGCGUUCCACCCUGCACGGCGUGGGAACUCAUGACCUCCCUCCGAUAUGAAUUGGCCCCUAACAUCGUUGAAAUCAUUGUAGAAGAAUUUUGCAACUUUCACGAACAGUCUGAAGACCUUCAAUUGGAGAGGGCCAAAGCAUUUCUGAACUCAGUCUCAAUUAUGGGCGACUUUCGGACACAUGCCGUCUUUAUCCACUACUACGUCCCCGUCCUACUUGGAGAAAUUGUCCCAUAUCUUCCGGACGAUAAGAAAUAUGCUUUUGUCCUUAGCACAAUUUCUAAAUUCGCCUCGACAAAUGAGUCAAUGUUGCUCGGCGAUGGCUUCCCGAUCUACCUUCGCCCUCUCGCUCUCAGUUCCCCAUAUGAGAAGACCAUCAAAUUUUGUACAUAUUUGAAACAAGUUCACAAGCUCGACCCUGAUUUCUUGGCGGCAAAUUCUGCACAGAGCGCUGUCAACGAGCUUCUCUGUUUCCUGACUGAUAUGAAAGAUCGCGUUCAGAAGUUUGUUCCGUGCCUCCCGCAAAAGAAAACAGACAAGUUCAUCAUCAAGUCUGCUUCUUUAGCAAGAUCAGAAAUGCAAAACGUUAUGGCUCACUACUUGAUGGGGUUUUUCGUCUUUGUCGAUACCAAAUUGCACUCUCGGAAGGAAUCUGUUACACGAAAGAGACGGAUCCUCGCCUCUUUUACCAGUCUGAUUGAUGUCAUAGGGCGCACUCGCAUCACGGACAGUAGGACCAAGGUUUACGCCACACUUAAUUCGCUCUUUUCGCUCGGACGGGAUUAUGCCGAUUUGCUACUCAAGUCCUGGAAGAUGUUUGCCAACAACUUGGAGGACGUCGCCUUUGGUCAGAUGAGCACCUCAAUCUUAUCCGCUGUGUCUACACUGAGCCCCUACCUGCCAGAAGAGGUGGAUAAUCUGAUGACCUUCUUCAUCUCCACGAAACAUGUCGUGACUAGCCCAUACUUUCAAGAACUCUACUUUGUGACAGACUUUUGCAACGAUUCCGGCGUCCUCCACUCUGUGAGACAGGUCACCACACCUACAAAGGGAGAUUCGUGGGUGAGAUUUUUCCAAGUACUCGUGCAAGAAUCGGCCCACGAAAAUUCACACAUUCGCCUCCGUGCGGUCGAAAAAUUGAGAAGAAUUUUCUCUGACGAGUACAUCCAAGUCAAAAAUUUCCUAUUGGACACUGAACAUCCCGUCGUAUCCAAACUCUUGGCGUCUUUGCUUACAACUUCUCGAGACACUGACGCCUCCACCCUGAUGCGACUCGCGGAAUCGUUAGGUUCCCUCGGUGCCGUUGAUCCAUACCGUUUCAAGUAUUCACAUGAUGAAAAACUGUGGCGGAAAUCGACCCAUGUCAUGACCGUUGAGGGGAGUGCGUUCUGCGCCAAGUAUUUGGACAUCCUGAUCCGCGAGUUCCAAGAGGCUGACGAUACGACCGAUUUUGAUUUCUGUGCUUGUCUCAUCCAACAACUUCUCCAACACUUCAAGGUGACUAAAGCGGAUAACGACCGGAUUUGGAAAACAUUAUCAGGCCAAUCGCGUCAAUUAGUGGAACCUUUGCUGGUCUCGAAGUACAAGGUUGACAAAGUGCUGCUUCAGCCGAUUCUGGGAUGUCCCAUCUAUCUGUCUGAGUGGGGACAAACCUUCGACGCUUGGCUGACUAACUGGCUCUACGCCAUGUCCGCUGCCCUUAAGUCGGGAACCCCAGCGUGGGAAUUGUUUCAAUUUUCGAAACAUUAUGUCUCCCGGAACAAUAAAGUGGCCUCAUUCCUCCUUCCGUUUGUUGCAACCUACGCCGCAAUUCAUGGCAGUCGUAAACAACGCUCUGACCUGGUCACCGAGAUGGAAACCAUUCUCCAAAAGUGGAUCGAGAAGGAUAAAUUGAAAAUAAAUUCGCAAAACCCGCAUCCCAUUAAAGAUUCACAAGCAGAGCAAGAUACGCCAGCUGCGGAGUCGGUAGUCACCGUGGACGAGGAUGUCAUCCAGUAUCGCUGCACGCGCCAAGUCUUCUCUGUCUUGGACCAUUUGUUCCUCGCUGUCCGCCAUUCGAAACGAGUUAGUGGGCUUGCCCGGGCCAAUGCUGUUCAACAAGUGAAAUGUCGACGUAGUAUGCCGGUAGAGGCACCAAAAAGAAUUGACACAGUAAACCCAUCCUUGAGUGAGGAGGACGCCGAUGCCAUUGCGCGAGAGAUGCGACAAAUUCCUAUGACCACUCUAUCACUGGUGGCGUUUCAUUGCGAGGAUUACAAGAGGUCCCUCCUCUACAUAGAGCAGGAAUUGAAGCAAAGACCUCACAAAUUGCAAGAACAGCUCAACUUCCUUCAACAGCUUCACGUCUCCCUCGAUGACAUGGACUCAGUCAUUGGUGUCGUCGCGCUGCGCGAAAGGGUGCCCACGAUGAGCGAAGUCGUGUCCGACUCUUUUGCCAGGGGCAGAGUCGAAGAUGGUGUUCGGAACUUGGAGCACAUGGUGUACGACGAUCCGACCAAUUUGAUCGCGACAGAAGGCCUGCUUCAAGCCUACCUCAGCCUUGAUGAGCCACGAAAGGCCGACACCCUGAUUAAAGGAUGUGUCUCCAGAAACCCGCACUGGGAAGUAGCUCUACAAGACUUCCAGAUCGAAGCCACCUGGAAGUUACGGGACUGGACAAAGCUGCGCGAGCAAAUUAAGGCAACCGCCCCAACACCCACACAGUUUAAGGUCAAUCUCUCAUCUUCCCAUGAGGGCAAAGAGACUAACCAGCCAUGGACCAUGACAGUGGUCAACAUUCUCUCACGCAUCCAAAGUCUCGAACUAGGUACCGCCCUCAAGCUGGUCAACGAAGCCCGGCUGAAACUAAUGAACCCUCUCGUCGCCGCCGCAAACGAGCCUAAUGCUUACUCUCACUGCUACUCGAGCAUUGUCCAACUCCACAUUUUGACUGAGGUCGAACAAGCGAUCGAAGUCCUUCGAGUGUGUCGAACCCUCCGCGAUGACAAGGACUUCAGUUUAGACUACGAACUCAAACAACUCAUCAAUCGGUGGGCCGAUCGGAGCGAUAUCCUCCUCAAGGCCCAGAUGGACCCCGUCCUCAACGUGAGGAAGAGUAUUCUCGAAAUUUUGAAGGACUACUCAGACGGAAAGUGUCAGGAUUUGUUGAAUGGAUCGAUAAGGGACUGUUGGCUUACCGCGGCGCGGCAAGAGAGCAAAACUGGCAACUUUACCCGAGCUUUGAACUGCAUUACCGAAGCGAAAAAAUACAACUCUCCUCAAGUUAUGAUCGCCUCGGCGAAAUUAUGGUCGCGAAAGGGCGACGCGGAAACAGCACUGAGCCACCUCACCGCCGGGAUAUCCACAUUCUUCCCACACGUCGAGCAAUGGACGUCGUCCAACGUGCGCGGCUUGGUCGUCGAAUCAGCCUUAUCGGAGGGAUCAGGAAGUGACGAGGGUAACCGGAGGUUAGCCUCACAAGCCCUCCUCCUUCAUGCGCAGCUCACCGAGACCCUCCAACUUGUCGACAUCGAGAAGAACAUAACCAACUAUAGGAAGAGUAUUGAUGUGUUUGAAAACUCUGAGAAGAAUUAUUUCACUCUGGCCGGAUAUUACGAUAAAUUGCUUAACACGACUGAGGAGAAGUCUCCAGACCAUGCCAUCAUACAAGAAAAAGUGGUCAACUUAUACGCCCAGUCACUCCACUAUGGGUGCAAAUACGUGUACCAAUCUCUCCCCCGCCUGCUCUCUAUCUGGUUUGAUUUUGGUGCUCUCGGUUUCGUCGAGGAGCGACGAUCUGGGGAUACCAACGGGACCGGCGCGUCGAUAAAAACGCCUACCAGCGAGGAAGCAGCACUACGACCGGCAGGAUGGGCGAAAAUCGUGAAAGAUAUGCAAGCCUCGAUCAAGCGAAUGAUGAACGAAGUACCGGCGUACGUGUUGCUAACAGCUUUUUCGCAACUAAUUUCUCGUCUCGGUCAUCCCAACCAAGUCGUAUGGGAAUUAUUAAGAGAUUUAAUCGGCACCAUCGUCGUCACCCAUACCCACCAAGCUCUGUGGAGGAUGAUGGUGGCGUCAAAGUCGUCUGUCGAUCUGCGGAAGGAGCGUUGCGUCGAAAUUUACAGUUCCAUCGAGAGGAAAAAGGUCGGUUUGAAAAAGAUGAUUCAUGACUACUCCAUGUUGGCGGAUCGAUUCGUCGAAGUUUGUGCAAAAGAGGUGCCGACAGGAGUCUAUCAAACUACGAUGGAAUCUCUGUGCCCAAAACUACCCCAACUCCUCCGCAGCACUGGGUUUAGCGACGUUUUGAUACCAUACCAAGUGUUUAUGAGUCCAUCAAUUCCGCCCAAUGGGUGUGGCCACAAGAGCUACGACGCCUUCCCAGAAAAAUUCGUCUUUAUCAAAAGCGUCGAAGACAGCAUUGAGGUCAUGAACUCCGUCGCCAAACCGAAACGUAUUACCCUCCGUGGCUCUGACGGGAACCGUUACGGCCUUCUCUGUAAACCCAAUGAUGAUUUACGGAAAGACUUUAAGGUCAUGGAGGUCAACAAUGUAGUCAACUGGUACCUCCACAGAAAUCCAGACUCACGACAGCGUCGCCUCCACGUCCGUCUGUAUGCGGUCACCGCGCUCACCGAGUUACAUGGCCUGUUAGAGUGGGUCCCUAAUCUGACGGGAUUUCGAGGCAGUGUUCUCUCCCUGUAUCGAGAAAGGGGGACACAUAUCAGCAUCAAAGACCUAAAACCUGUUAUAAAGGAGAGGGAUUCGCUGGAGGUGAAACGACACAAAUUUCUCACCAAAUUUCUUGCUGCAUAUCCGCCCGUAUUUAGUGAAUGGUUUCUCAACAACUUCAGCGAUCCUCAGUCUUGGUAUAAUGCACGACUCUCGUACGUUCGCACAGCUGCGGUCAUGUCUAUCGUCGGGUUCGUCCUAGGACUCGGUGAUCGGCACGGGGAAAACAUUUCGCUAGAUUCGUCCAACGGCGAAAUUGUCCAUGUGGAUUUUAACUGUAUUUUUAACCGGGGAGAGACAUUUCUGUGUCCGGAGCGUGUGCCGUUCCGUCUCACACAAAACAUGGUCGAAGGGAUGGGACCACUCGGAGUUGAGGGUGUUUUUCGCCGCUCUUGUGAAAUCACGAUGAACCUUUUUCGCCAACACAAGGACAUCUUCAUGUCGGUCCUCGGCCCCUUCGUGUUUGACCCGUGUGUGGAAUGGGGUGACAGUGGGGGGAGUGGCAAGUCAUACCAAUCCGUCGUCGACCCAAAGUUUUCCAGAGCUCAGGCGCUCGUUCAUUUGAAACACAUUCAAAAUCGGAUAAACGGAUCAGCUCGGAACCACACAAAAGAAGUCAACACCGAGCUUUCUGUUGAAGCCCAGGUGGCCUAUCUUAUUGAUGAGGCGAGAAGUAUCGAUAACCUGUGCCAAAUGUUUAUCGGAUGGACACCUUUUAUUUAAAUUUUGUUCCGGUUUAAUUCAAACAAAAAAACUAGUUUUAAUCUAUUUCAAAUUUACAUUUCACAAUUUUUACUUACUUUUUAUACAAGACAUGUCACACGCUUAUGAAAUUGAUUACUCUCUUAAUUUAAUUUUAAAGAAGUUUUACUCUUACUAACGAACGCUUAUUAAUUGUACCUGAGGAAAAAAAACUAGUGUUAUUUAGUAAUUUUUUAUAUGUGAUUAAAUAAUUAAAACCUACAGUGACAAUGCAGACCAUUUAACCCUUA